ACAGAAACAGAGUUUCAUACCAGUCUGUUGCUAUAGUGGUAUCAGAGCCCAACUCCAACAAGACCUCUGACCUCUUUACUUCCCAACCAUGGACUCCGACAGCAGCUCCUUUGAAACCAACGCAUUCAACCCAAACACAGUAGCCACCGUGGUCAACAAUCACUUCGGCCCCUUCUCAUUCAACGCCGUAGCUUUUCCCUUAAAGUUGACUCCAACUAAUUAUUUAUCUUGGAAAUCACAUUCAGUUGUCUUCUUGUAGGAUUUGAGCUCCUCGGUUAUUUGGAUGGUUCUCAUCCAUCCCCUGUUCCCACAGAACCAAGCUACAGUCUGUGGGCACACCAGGAUCAGUUAAUUCGCCAUGCACUAAUCACUUCUGUAUCCGAGAGCAUUACACCAUACAUAGCCGCUGCAGCUACGGCACAACAGGCAUGGGAAACAUUAGUGAGACUCUAUGCAAAUUGAUCUCGCACCCGUGUCAUCACCCUUAAGGAGCGCCUGCAGAACAUGCGUCGUGAUGGUCGCUCGGUGUCUGAAUAUCUCCAAGCACUCAAGUCUGUGGCAGAUGAAUUAGGGACAAUAGAUCGGCCUCUCACUGAUGAUGAUCUUAUAGUCUACAUAUUGAAUGGACUGGGACCACAAUUCCGAGAGAUAGCAGCCUCUCUUUGUACUCGUGAUUCAUCCCUCUCCUUUGAUGAUCUACACGAUCAACUGGUGGCUCAUGAGGAAAGCCUUAGGCGAGAGGAACUCAAGGCUGAUUCUUCCCCAAUAACUGCACACUAUGCUUCAAUCCCAAAGUCUAUGUCGCCAUCACAGGAUCGUCGCAUGAGGGAGACACUGUUGCGAGGCAAAAACACUCAUGGGGUCUAUCACAUCCCCGGUCAAGUUAAAGCACAACCUGCAGCCCUAGUUGGAGAACGUGUUAGUUUGUCAAAUUGGCAUUCGCGUUUAGCUUUUCAUGACAUGCCAAUGAUGCCAAACUCCACGAGUGCAGGUAUGAGUGUUGAGCCUCCUCCAUUGUUCCCUUGUGUACCGACUCACUCUCAUCGCCCAUCUAAGUUCCAUAAUGUCCAACAAAGCCAUGAGCAACCUUCAGCUUCUAUUUACCCAUUAUCUACCCUGGUGCCCACUAGCACACCCUCUCCACUUCCUUCCCUUACUUCACCAUCCUUUCCCAUUGAGACCAAUUCUGUUCACCAGUCCCCUACCCCAUUCGAUUCCCACUCCUCCCCUCUUAGGUCCCCACCACUGCAACCUCCUUGGACUCACCCUAUGGUCACUCGUUCCCAAAACAAUAUUUUCAAACCUAAGACACUCUUCCAUGCAACCAAAUCUCCAUUGUCCCUCCCUGUUGAACCCACUUGUGUCACACAAGCUCUUAAGGAUCCCAAUUGGAGGCAGGCUAUGUCCGAGGAGCUUAGUGCAUUGGUUCACCAAGGAAUAUGGGAACUGGUUCCUUCACACCCAUCUCAACAUGUUCUUGGUUCCAAAUGGGUCUUUCGCUUGAGAAGAGGCAAAGAUGGGUCCAUUAAGCAUUAUAAGGCGCGUCUUGUUGCGAAGGGCAUUCAUCAACGACCAGGUUCUGAUUACUUUAAUACUUUCAGUCCUGUUAUUAAGCCUAUCACAAUUCGUAUUGUUUUAUCUCUUGUAGUGAGUAGGGGGUGGUCUAUUCAGCAAUUAGAUGUUAAUAAUGCUUUCCUUCAUGGACACAUUGAUGAGGUAUUAUACAUGCAGCAACUGACAGGCUUUGUGGAUCACAAUUUUCCUUCACAUGUUUGUAGGCUACGACAAUCUUUGUAUGGCCUUAAGCAGGCCCCUAGAGCCUGGUUUCGAGCUCUUAAGGACUUCCUUUUGGCUCAAGGCUUCUUUCACUCUAAGUCUGACAAUUCCUUAUUUAUCUAUCAUAAAGGCUCCACUUGGAUCUAUUUUUUGGUCUAUGUCGAUGAUAUCAUUGUUACUGGGAAUGAUUCUGCUGCAAUUCAAUCCAUUGUGCAAGUCAUGAGUGCCACUUUCUCCCUCAAAGAUCUUGGUCCCUUGAGUAUUUUUCUCGGCAGAGAGGCACUAUCUACUAAGGAUGGGCUUUUUCUCUCUCAACAGAGGUAUAUUCUUGAUCUUCUUCAGAAAACUAGUAUGGGUGAUGCUAAACCUAUCUCUAGUCCUUUGGCUUCUACUUCGGUUCUGCAGCUAUCCACUGGCACUCCCCUCUUUGAUGGCACCACUUAUAGGAAAAUUGUUGGCUCUCUUCAGUACCUAUCUCUUACGUGGCCUAAUCUAUCCUUUGUUGUUAGUUGCUUGUCUCAAUUUAUGCAUCGUCCUACUGAUUCUCAUUGGCAAGCUGUGAAACGCGUUCUCCGUUAUCUUCGCGAUUCUGUCUCUCACGGCUUACUUUUGCAACCCCAGCCAACAUUGUCACUCCAUGCAUUUUCUGAUGCUAAUUGGGCCGGAGAUCGGGAUACUUAUACCUCAACCACUAGCUAUCUUAUAUUUCUUGGCAGCAAUCCUAUGUCCUGGCGCACUGCUAAGCAACGAGCAAUUGCUCGGAGCUCUACUGAGGCUGAGUAUCGAGCUUUAGCUAUUGCUGCCUCUGAAGUUGUUUGGAUUCAACAUUUGCUUUCUGAAUUGGGUGUCUCCUCGUCUGUUCCUCCAGCCAUUUUUUGUGACAACAUUGGUGCCACCUAUCUUAGCAGUAAUCCUGUUUUUCAUUCUCGGAUGAAGCACAUUGCAAUUGAUCUUCAUUUCGUGUGUGAACUAGUUGAUCAGAAGGUUCUACAUGUUUCACACAUUUCUUCUCAUGAUCAAUUGGCUGAUGUUCUUACCAAGGCCCUUCCCUCUCUUCGGUUUCAUUCUUUGAGGUCCAAGAUCGAUGUUGCCGAUGGCACCUCCGUCUUGCGGGGGCAUAUUAAGGCAACUGAAUCUGCUAUAGUAAAGUAGGAAACUGAAUCUGCUACAUAAAAGUAAUUACCCAGGAUUGUAUAUUUCCAAUUAAUGUGUAUCUUAGAUCUUAUUCUAGUCUUAUUAGAAUUCCUGUAUAUAGUAGGACAAUCUUGUAUAUAAACACAUCUUGUAUGGUUGAAUAAUACAAACAGAAACAGAGUUUCAUACCAAUCUGCUGCUAUAUUUAUGAGGGAAAGCUUUAUAGAUAAGAUUGGUUAUUUAGGGAAGGGUAUUGGUGUAUGCAGGAGGAUGUGCAUUAGUUUCUUAUUCCUUUCCAGUGCUUCUUUAUCUGCCCUUCUGAUGUCCUAUUUGUUGUUUGCAAGUAAGAUUGUUGAUAGCAUACAAUUAGUGUUGAACUGGUUAGAUGGGAUAGAUGGUAGUAUGGGUUGUUUGUUAUCUUGGGAAGUGAUAUGGAGUGGAAGGAGUUGUUUGUAACACAGGCCCCCUAUAUUUUCCAUAU